AUGACCAGGUCAACCAGGGUCGCUCUCCGACGCGCCCCACCCCGACUCGCCAAGGAACGGCCGUCAGAAGCUCCGCGCCGAGCUCCGGGCCACACCCGUGUCACGCGAAGCUCGUCGGCCUAUCGCCGUCCUACUUCUUCAUCAUCGUCGGAAGCUUUGACCUUGAGCGAUGACAAUAGUGAUGAGGAGGAAAAAGAAGAACAGGAACAAGAAGAAGAACAAGAUGAUGAUGAUGAUGAUGAUGAUGAUGAAGACGAGCUAGUAAAAGACGGAGUGGCGCCGUCAGCGUCAAAUGGUCGUCGUAGCGAAUCGCGACAGCUUCGCAAGAGGGGCCGCCCCCCGAUCCCAUUCACAACUCAGACUCAUUUGCAGGCCAAUCCACCAACAAAGCGCCCGAGGCGUGGUAAAACCUUCAACUCCACAGAAUGUAGCCGCCGUGAACGGCCAACAAGUCUGACCAAUUCUCACAAAAAGUCUGCAUCGGCUUCGACUCAAAAAAAGCUUGAGCCAUCGUCUCGCCAUCACGACCAGACAUCCAUUGAUCUGAACCGCCCAGAGCCGGGUCCUCGCCUGCCAUGGAGCGAGCUUCCUUAUCUUCUGCUGGUCGAAAUCUUCUCAUUUGCGGCUGCGCCCCUGGAUAAUUAUGAUUCGGUGAGCUGGUUGCUCGCCACAAGCAGGAUUUGUCGGGCUUUUGCCGAGCCCGCGCUCACAGCUUUGUAUCGCAACCCACCACUGCUCGAUGUUGCGAUGGCUCAUGGGCUUGUCCAACAUCUAGAGACACCACCGUCGCAGACCAGAUUCAACUACCGUCAGAAGGUCGAGAGGCUGGAGAUCCAUGUUGGACUUGUGGCGCAUCCUACCUACAAUCGCCAACACCUAGACCUUGAGGGUUUGGUGAAGAAUUGUCCUCGUCUGGCUAGCCUUGAGCUGCUUCAUCACAAGGACAACCCGCCGUACCGAGAUUUGGACGACCGCUUACGCUGGCAGUACCCAGCUGGCCUUUUUCAAGGCCUUGCCGCAUCUGGGACUCACUUACGAAGUUGGCGGUGGAACUCGAGAUUGGCGGGCCCAGAACUCUCAUUCGAUGCCAUGAGAAUGAUCCACGAAUCGCCGAGUUUUUCGAGGUUACGAAAGAUCGCAUUUGUCAACUAUCAAAUGCCCUCCCUCCUGGCUAAGAAUGUCGACGAGGUAGAAAUUAAUGCUAUGGAUAAGAAAGAGGCUGAAAUUGUCGCCACUUUAUUCCAAGACUGUUUGCCGGAACUGAAACAUCUUGUUUUCGAAUCAUGUACCAUUGUCAACGAGCACCUGCUCCCGCUUUUGCCUACCACCCUCGAGCAUCUGGAGCUGGUGAAUUGCUGGGACGUCACUGCGGACUCUCUCGCUGAGUUUCUGGGCUCGCACGGGCACCACAUCCGGCACCUCAGUCUUCAUCACAACCAAUCUCUCAGCCUUGCCUUUCUUCCACUGCUGGGAGAAUGUUGUCCGAAGCUAGAGACUCUACAGAUGAAUCUUACAUAUUACAAACAUCAUUCCAGCUACGACGACUCACAGCCUGCUUACGACGAGCUGCUCCUGGCAGACCAAGUACCAAAGUGGCCGCGCAACAUCAGGGUAGUGGCAAUCGAGAACAUGCGCAAAUGGAGCCCUGAGGCAGCCGAGGUGUUUUUUCAGUCUUUUAUAGACUGUGCGGCAGAGAUGCCUGACCUACGCGUUCUCAGCUUCAAAGUUAUGCUCAACAUACCCUGGCGCCAGCGCAGUGCGAUGCGCGAGGCAUGGGAGCUACGACUGAAGCGCUGUUUUGAACGCAAACCCAAGAAUCCAAUGCUGUGGAGGUCGAUCAAGGAUGUGCCACUGCAGCGGGACACAGACGCCAAAGCACGCAAGAUGGAGAAGGAGAGGCGUAGCUUGGCAGAUAAGAGCGGUGCAGUUGAUGAGCCAGCUCGGCGCAGCGGGCGCAUAUCUAAGAUUUCUGAGCGCUCUUCGCGGUCCAGCAGCGCCGCGCGCGGGCUGAGGCCGAAGGGUCGCGAAACUAUAUCGUAUGCUGAACCCGAUACUGAUGACGAGGACCUGGAGGAUGAAGACCUGGACGAUGAUGAAGAUUCGUCUCGGGAUACUGCGGAAGUGGAGUCAAGACCUUCCUCAUCGCAUGAUGAAUCAUCUUUUGUCCACGGUCUCUGCGACGUUGUCGAUAUUCGGUUUGACAACCAGAAACCGACGGAGAUGCAAUUUGGAAUGGAAGAUUUUCUCGACCAGUUGGACGAUGCCGUCUCAGAUGACGACUGGGAUGGAGAUGAUGACGCCGAAGAUGAGAGAUAUGCUUGGUAG